AUGGAUAUUAUUUCAAGCACCGAAUGCUCGGUUCCUGGCUGUAUUGUAUCCCUCUUGCGUCUGAUUCUUCCUAAGUCUUUUGUUAUUUCUCAUAAUAAAAGUGACCCUGUAAAAACAGUAGGUGAAACAAUAAAUGACGUUGUAGAACAAGUUCCUACAAUUGUUACGGGGCUCACGUCAUGUUUAAGCCUUCAUGCAGAAGGUGACUCACGACCAAGAUCCGACCAUAAUUCUUCAAACGAAGGUAUUCAAGAAAGUAAUGGAGGUAUUUCAGACGCAAGCAAUAAUGGAGAGGUUCUAGAAAACACAGGGGGAUCUAAUAGUCGCAAAAAUCCUCAAAACUGUAUAGUAAUGUAGCAACGCUACAAGCGGCAAAUAUUAUAAUAAAUGAUAUUGAUGUGUUCA